AUGCAAGGCGACACCGAGCAGAAACAACUUACUAUGAUAUGCAACCUAUGUGGUUCUAUAGAUAAAGAUUCCUGGGAUAGGGUGAGCGAAUUGCCGCUGUUCGAUCGAAUGGAACUUCCACAGGGUCAACCGCGCAUUCUUCCACAACGUAUGCGAGCUUACAUAAAGGUUGAAGUUGUUUUUGAUGAACUCGCUAUCUGUCUCAUUGAUGAGUUGUUGGCACUAGAUCCAAGCAAGCGUCUUGAAGCAGAAAAAGCACUUGAUCAUACCUUCUUCUAUACGGCGCCCUAUUCCAAGGAUGACUUUAAAGAUCUUAUGGACACAGUCAAAACCUCACAGUUUGAGUACACAGCUGGUGGAGGUGCUCAUGCAAAUCGUGGUCGAGCAGUAGGAGCAGGUCAACGCGUUCCACAGCGCCCACAGCUUUCUUCACAAACGGGCCAGUUUCAUGAUAUGAUUUUCUAG